AUGUCGACGCCAAUACUACCGGUCUACUUCGAACUGAGCUGGUCGAUUCUGAGCACCAUCGGCGCCGCGAACGUUCUCUUCGGCCUUCUCAUCGUCGGCAUCACGACCUUCUCGCAGAUCACCGUGGUUCCCAUCAUCUCAUCGGCUGCCGGGGCCAUCGCGAACGGGCUGUGCUACUACGCAUACUACGAUGAGGGGUACUCACUACGGAGCAAAGCCGCCGCGUCUGUGUUUGGAGACUUAUUCUGGAUGGUGCAAGAAGUCGGCCUCUCCUUUUACAGCUGGGUUCUCCUUCGCAGAAUACUGAAGGAUCGGGGGUGGAUCAUUUUCAACGGUUUGUUCUGGACCAUCAUCGCCGCUGUCGUCGCCCUCCGCAGCGCCAUCGCCGUGUCUCGCGUGAAGUUCAUCCUCAGAGGGAACACGAAUCUCCAGAGCACGGUCAACAAUCUUCACAUCGCCUACUUCGUCCUCAUCGCAUCACUCGAAUGCGUCAGCGCAUUCUUUCUACUGAAGACGUUCGCCGAGGUGAAGUCAAGCUCGAUACGAGCAGCGUUGAGGGGCGGGCUGUUCAAAUACCUCAUGCGAAGCACGGAGGUCCGACUCGCCACGCUCGCCGUACUCGGAACGAUGAGGGCGAUCACGUAUUCUUUUCAAAUGACGGCUCAAAGCGCGACAAAUGCGGCGAGCCAACUAGACCGGUUCGCGUACACGCUGGAGUGCCUUUUCCCGGUUGUGAUGUUCAUCGACAUCUUGGCGUCGAAACUCGUCUUCACGACACAGGUCUACGACCCGACCUGCCCAAGCCGACCAGCCCUGCGGGGGUUCACCUCGGCCAGGAAGCCGGAAGAUUGGGACCCGGUCACGCAGCAGAGUGAACGGGUCGUCGAAGUACGCGGCGGGAGAAGAUCAAGUUCACAGGAGAACAUACUCAACACCGGUCAAUCAAAGUCGAGGUCGAGAUCCGAUGUAGACUUGGACCAGAUAGAAGCACUAACACCGCUGGGAGGUAUCAACAAGACUGUUGAGGUUCGAUUCCAUGACAGGAUGGGGCUGACUGUGAGGAGGAUUGAUAAGCAUUAA